AUGGCCUCCCUCCAUGGAAUCCUAGUAGCCCUCAUCACCCCCUUCACAGACGACAAGACCACAAUCGACGAAGCCCGUCUGCAAACACACAUCGAGCACCUGAUCACAGCCGGCGUGCACGGUCUCGUCCCCGGCGGCAGCACCGGCGAAUUCACCACACUGACAGUCGGCGAGCGCAAGCAGCUAACGGAGCUCUGCGUUAAAUUCGCCGCCGGCCGUGUCCCCGUCGUCGCCGGCACAGGCAGUCUCUCAUCCGCCGAGGCCGUCGAGCUCUCCGUGCACGCCGCCCAAGUCGGUGCCGCAGCGACAAUGGUCGUGCCCCCGUACUACGACCCCGUCAGUCUGCCAGAGCUGCACGAGCUGCUCGGCGAGAUCCAUACUGCAUCCGGCCUGCCCAUCGUCUUCUAUAAUAUCCCUGCGGCGUCUGGCAUCACGCUGUCCCCCACUGAGAUUGCGGGUCUGUCUAAGGUCGGCGUUAAGUAUCUUAAGGAUACCUCGGGUAAUGCGCCGGCGCUGACGGAGCUUAUCUUUGGUUUGUCGGAUCAGAUUACUUCGUUUAAUGGGUGGGAUACGUUGACUUUCUAUGGUCUUGCUGCUGGUGCACCGGGUGGUGUCUGGGGUGCGGCGAAUAUUAUUCCUGAGUUGGCGGUUGAGCUUUACGAGGCUGUUUCUGUGAAGGGGGAUUUGAAACUUGGGCGCGAGAUUUGGGCUAAGGCUUGGCCUAUUUGCAAGUUCCUUGAGACUCAUAGUUAUGCUGCGGCUGUUAAGACCGGUGUUGAGUUGAUUGGGCAGCCUACUGGUGGUCUGCGCAAGCCUUUUGCUCUUCUCAACCAAGAGUUGACGGCGGAACUGAAGCAAUUAUUGCAGAAUGCUGGUGUUAAGACCGUUUAG